ACCUGACUAGCUUAUACAGUGACGUGUUUUCCAAUUGAGCAUGUAACCAGGAAGAGCCUGCUCAAAUUUCACCAUGAUAAGAGACGAUACCAAUGAUGAAGACGUGUCUCUGUUUGAUGCCGAGGAAGAUGCGGGGAAAAGGUCCAAAUCGACCAAUAUUAAGCAUCCAGUGGCCUCCUUCUUCCACCUCUUCUUCAGAGUUACUGCCGUCCUCGUGUACCUGCUCUGUGAGAUUUUCAGUAGGAGUUUCAUCGCCUGCAUGGUGACAAUAAUCCUUCUGCUGUCGUGUGACUUCUGGACUGUAAAGAACAUCACUGGGAGAUUGAUGGUUGGUCUAAGGUGGUGGAACCAGGUGGAUGAUGAUGGACGCAGCCACUGGGUGUUUGAAUCUAGGAAGGGUACUGGGAAGCAACAAGCGUCAGAUUCCGAGUCCCGAAUCUUCUGGCUUGGACUGAUUGUCUGUCCGGUCCUCUGGGUCAUCUUUGCUUUCAGCACCCUCUUUUCCUUCAAGAUUAAAUGGGUGCCUGUAGUGAUCAUGGGUGUGGUGCUGCAGGGGGCCAACCUCUAUGGGUAUGUGCGGUGUAAAGUGGGAGGCAAGACCAGCUUAAAGAAUAUGGCUACAAAUUAUUUUGGACGACAGUUUCUCAAACAGGCGCUGUCUAAAGAAGAGGAAUCGUAGAGUCCAACUCUGCGAUUUUAACACAUUUGCAUUGUUCUUAAUGCUGUUAUAAACAUAUAUAUAUUCUUUUAGCAAGUGGAUAUGUAGGAAGAAAUCUUUUGCAACAGGAAAUGAAACUAACAGUUUUUCCCCUUUUUUUUCUUUUUAACGUAAUGAGUUGAUCCCAAUAGAGAAAGUUGUUUUGUUUUUCACAGAGAGGUCUGAGGUCUGCUAGCUGUUACUAAAGAAAGCCCAGCAAUAAACCCUCAGACUUUAGCUGAUACCGGACUUUUGAUGCAUGAGUUGAAACAAAGGUUGCAAGGGCUUAAAAUGUCAAACUGACUGAAGGUUUAUGUGUCCUGUAGUCUCACAGCUCCCUGAGAUCUUAUUUAGUUUGUUUUCUUUGCCUCCAAACCCUAAUCUUUCUAAAGUUAAAUAAUGUAGUUUGUGAGAGGUAUUGUACAAACAUUUUUGUUUGUAUAAUAGACAAGGUUGUAAAGUAUGAGUGUAAAGUAUUCCAGGAGAAUUGUAAAUAUGUAUGUAAAGAAACUAUGUGGAUCAUCUUUUGUGCUAAUACAUUUGUAACAUUUUACCGAACAGCGUGGUCCUUUUUAUUUAUGUAAAUAGAUGUUAUUCACUGCACAACUUGUGUAAAUGUUUGAGCUGAAUUUGAUUCGUUGUCUUUGUUGUUGGUUUGAGAACAAGUCAGGAGUUUUUACUAUGGAGACCCGAAGUGUCUGCAAUCACUAAGACAUAACAAAAAAAAAUCCUGAAUAAAUACAAACAGCAUAUUCAAUAUAACCAUGAACUGAGGUUUUGUUACAGGUCAUUUUUGUUUG